CUGCGGUGUUCUGGAGCUUUCUACCGGCCGGUUGCUGAGGAGGGAGGUUGUGUCCGAUUGCUGUUAAGCUGAACGUGGUAUUAAAUUGGCGGCCUUGAGUCACUGUUCGCGCGUUCCGUGGUGUCUUUUCUUAAGCGUAUAACGCCGUGCGCUGUGUGUCAGUGAAAGUGGAGUGGCCGUCAUGUCGGUGGUCGGCUUUGAUGUGGGUUUCCAGAACUGCUACAUCGCGGUGGCGAGGAGCGGCGGUAUCGAAACCAUCGCCAAUGAGUAUAGCGACAGGUGUACCCCGGCUUGUAUCUCUCUGGGACCCAAAAAUCGGGCAAUUGGAGCUGCUGCCAAAACCCAGAUUGUGACCAAUGCAAAGAAUACCAUACAAGGCUUUAAACGAAUGCAUGGAAGGCUUUUUGAUGAUCCAUUUGUGCAAGCAGAAAAAAGCAAACUUUUGUAUGAGCUUCAAAAGAUGCCCAGUGAUAGCGUUGGAAUCAAAGUGCAUUACAUGAAUGAAGAAAGAACUUUUGCAAUUGAACAAAUUACAGGGAUGUUACUGACUAAACUCAAAGAGACUUCAGAAAAUGCUCUGAAGAAGCCAGUGACAGACUGUGUAAUUUCGGUCCCUAGUUUUUUCACCGACGCAGAGAGAAGAUCUGUGAUUGCUGCUGCUGAGAUCGCAGGACUUAAUUGUCUGCGAUUGAUGAAUGACACCACUGCGGUUGCGCUUGCAUACGGUAUUUACAAACAAGAUUUGCCAGCUCCUGAAGAAAAACCAAGGAAUGUGGUCUUUGUAGAUAUGGGGCAUUCAGCCUAUCAGACUUCAGUUUGUGCAUUUAACAAAGGUAAACUCAAGGUUCUGGGAACUGCAUUUGAUCCCUCCUUGGGUGGAAAGAAUUUUGACGAGGUCCUGGUAGAUCAUUUCUGUGAAGAAUUCAAGACUAAAUAUAAACUAAAUGUGAAGUCUAAUGGUAGGGCUUUGCUCCGUCUGUACCAGGAGUGUGAGAAAUUGAAGAAGCUAAUGAGUGCAAAUGCAUCAGAUCUCCCAAUGAAUAUAGAAUGCUUUAUGAAUGAUAUCGAUGUUUCUGGUAGAAUGAACAGAGCACAGUUUGAAGAACUUUGUGCCUCAUUUUUAAAUAGAGUGGAAACCCCUUUAAAAAGCAUCAUGGAACAAGCCAAAUUGCAGGUCGAAGACAUCUACUCUGUUGAAAUUUUGGGCGGGGCAACAAGAAUUCCAGCAGUGAAAGAAAGAAUUGCCAAUUUCUUUCUCAAAGGUUUGAGCACAACUCUUAAUGCGGAUGAAGCUGUAGCACGAGGUUGUGCACUGCAGUGUGCAAUUCUUUCACCGGCAUUUAAAGUGCGUGAGUUUUCUAUCACAGAUGUAGUUCCUUUCCCAAUCACUUUAAAAUGGAAAUCUGCAACUGAAGGAUUGGGAGAGUGUGAAGUCUUCAGCAAAAACCAUCCAGCACCAUUCUCCAAAGUCAUUACUUUCUACAAAAAAGAGCCUUUUGACCUGGAUGCAUAUUACAGUAAUCCACAGGAAAUUUUAUAUCCUGAUUCCAGAAUCGGUCGGUUUACUAUUCAAAAUGUGAUUCCUCAAAAUGAUGGUGAAAAUUCAAAAGUCAAAGUCAAAGUUAGAGUCAAUAUCCAUGGUAUUUUCAAUGUGUCCAGUGCAUCACUGAUUGAGAAACAGAAACCAGAUGGAAGUCAGGUUGAAGAUGUUCCAAUGGAAACAGAUCAACCCCCUCGUGGCACAACAAAUGCAAAAACUGAUGACCAGGGUUAUAUGCAGGUUGAUCAGGAAGAAGUCCAUUCACAACAAAAAGACCAAGCCGAAGAGCAGAAUGAAGCUUCUCAGGCACCUCGCACUGAUAACGAAGAAAAAAAUGAUCCAACUGCAGAAAAUAAACAGGAAGAUAACACAAAACCCAAAAUAAAAGUAAAGAGUGUGGACUUGCUGAUCCAAAGUGAUCUGCCCCAACAGCUUAGUCAGGAUCUUCUCAACACCUAUGUCGAAAUAGAGGGUAAGAUGAUUAUGCAGGACAAGUUAGAAAAAGAAAGAAAUGAUGCCAAAAAUGCUGUUGAAGAAUAUGUGUAUGAGAUCAGAGACAAGCUUUAUGGAAUUUAUGAAAAAUUCAUUAGUGAAGCAGACAAGAAGUUGUUCACUCUGUUGUUGGAAGAAACUGAAAACUGGUUGUAUGAAGAUGGAGAGGACCAGCCUAAACAAAUAUAUCUUGAUAAACUUAAUGACUUAAAGAAACUUGGUCAACCAGUACAGAACAGAUACAAGGAGCAAGAGGAGCGACCAAAAGCAUUUGAUGAGCUGGGUAAAAAAAUCCAGCUUUUCAUGAAGACUGUAGAAGCAUAUAAAAAUAAGGAUGAAAACUAUGAGCAUAUUGAUGCAGCAGAGAUGGCAAAAGUUGAAAAACAAGUCAGCACUGCUAUGGAUUGGAUGAAUAGUAAAAUGAUUGCACAAAACAAACAGAUGUCAUUCCAGGAUCCUAUUGUGAAGGCAGCUGAGAUACAGAAUAAACUGAAGGAAUUAGUGGCGACUUGUGACCCAGUUAUUAACCAAGCAAAACCCAAAGUGGAGCCACUUCCAGAAAAAGAGGAGAAAGCGAAUGGACCACUUAAUAAGGAAAGUGGAACUGAUCCAAAGUCUGAAUCUAAUGCUGCAGCUGGCGACAACACGAAACAGCAAAAGCCAGCAGAAAAUCAGGGCACAGAAAUGGAAGUGGAUUGAAUGCAGCCUCUUUACUUUUAUAUAUUUAAAGAAAGUCCUUGUGCCCAUUACCUGAGACUACAGUUUCUGUUGUAUGUCUAGCUUACAUGGCACAUAUUCAGUUAUUCUCACAUGUACCUAGUUCAGCGUCAAAGUAUUAAAAUGAUGGAAACAAGAAUCCUGCAAAGUUGAUUUUAAAUGUAACUGUGCUGUUAAUGCAGAUCUAUAUUCUAUAAUCUUUCUGGGAAUGUGUUUUUUUUUCUAUCCCGAUCUACAAGCACUUGAACAAUCACCUAACCCUCCUGCAAUUCCACUUCAUGCCUUUAAUUAUUUCUUAUUUGAAUUGGCUUCACAUGAUAGGUCGUCUGCACAUUAUAUGAAAAAUAAGUCAAUAAAAUUGUAGUGUUGGAA